ACUGGCGGGGGGAGGGGUGGGGUUUAGAGGAAGCGGAAGUGUCAGAGCAGGCGGAAGUGGUACUGCCCUGAAUACCCUGAGCAGCGAGCGGAGGACGGCUUGACAAACUCACAUCGUUGAGAGAAUAAAAUCGGGAUUCCUAGUACAUCUUAAAUUCUAAAAGAUGGAUAAGAGCGACCUGGUGCAGAAAGCCAAGCUGGCAGAGCAGGCCGAGCGCUACGACGACAUGGCGGCUGCCAUGAAGGCUGUGACGGAGCAGGGCGCAGAGCUCAGCAACGAGGAACGCAACCUGCUCUCUGUCGCCUACAAGAACGUGGUGGGGGCCCGCCGUUCAUCCUGGCGCGUCAUCUCCAGCAUCGAGCAGAAGACGGAGGGGAAUGAGAAGAAACAGCAGAUGGCCCGUGAUUACCGCGUGAAGAUCGAGGGUGAACUUCAAGAAAUCUGCAAUGACGUGCUGAGUCUGCUCGACAAAUUCCUCAUUCCCAACGCAUCUCAAGCGGAGAGCAAGGUGUUCUACCUCAAAAUGAAAGGAGACUACUUUAGAUACCUGUCAGAGGUGGCCUCUGGAGACUCAAAGAAGAAUACGGUGGAGAACUCUCAGUUGGCCUACCAGGAUGCCUUCGACAUCAGCAAGAAGGAAAUGCAGCCAACACACCCCAUCCGGCUGGGUCUAGCCCUCAACUUCUCCGUCUUCUUCUACGAAAUCCUCAACUCGCCCGAGCAGGCCUGCUCUUUGGCCAAGCAGGCAUUUGACGAGGCAAUCGCCGAGCUCGACACCUUGAACGAGGACUCGUACAAAGACAGCACGCUGAUCAUGCAGCUACUAAGGGACAACCUCACUCUGUGGACAUCGGAAAACCAGGGAGAUGAGGGUGAGGCCGGCGAUGGAGAAAACUAGAGCGCACUUCACUGUUAACCCAUCCCCACACUCUUCUUCCUCCUCUUCCUCCUCCUCCUUUUAUCUCUCUUCCUCUUUCUUCUCUACUUCCUCCUCUUCGUACACAUAAACAGCCCGUUCAUUCCCUCGUCCCACUUUUUCAGUCCCAGCCUCCCGACUUCCCUUCUGUAUAACCAGCAGCAUGAAUAGUACCUGACCUUCAGACAAAUAUUAAAAACAGAUAUGAGGGGAGGGAAAAAAAAACUACUCCUUCACCCCACCAUUAAUCCAUCCCCACCACCCUCCCUCGAUCACAGCACUCCAAUGCAGGCCGGCAGACUAAAGGCGCUGGCCAGUCUAGUCUUAGAGCACGCAGAGAGGGUUUUUAUCCACAACCACCAAAUGAACGAACGUCUGUUAGAGCCCACAUUCGCCCGUUUUCACCCUCCUGGUUGAAUCUUUCUCUUCCUUCAUUCCAUUUUUCCCUCACUCCUCCUCCUCCUCCCUCCUCCUCCUCCCUAGCAUCUCAGUCCCUUCCCCUCCUCACCCCCACUCCUCUCUCUAGCGAGUUAAUGCAUUUAUAUAGUUGUCCAUUCCUUCUGUUUUGGCUUUUCUUAGUGUACUGGCAAAAUGGCUGGUUUUAUUCCACUUUAAACAAAACAAACAAAAAGGUUAUUAAACUGUCCAUUUAUUUUCAACAAACACUGUGAUUGCUUAGUUUUUCCUCCACCUUGCCACCAAGAUCCUCGUUUGAUGGCAAAAUCGAUAUCGAGCUGGGAUUGGGGGUGGGGGGUGUGUGUGUGUGUUCGGGCAGCAGUGCGAUUCUGCUGAGGUUUAUACAGAAGGGCCCUCCUCACAAGGCUGUAUUGUGACACUGACAAAUCUUUAAAAACAAAAACACACAUGAAAACCCAAAAGCGCUCCACCUGCUGUGUAAUCAAACACUCACCGCUUUUGUUUCUCUAACACGGACCUGCAGCUUCCUUUAACACCAAUCUCUAAUUCCUGUGCUGGGUUUAAAAGAAAAAUGAUUUGGAAAAUGAUUCAGAGCUAAAGCGCAUACAUCCCACCUUCAUGUGUGAGUCCAUUGUAGGCGUUUCCCACCACCACGGGGACCCGCCCGCUCCCUUACAUCCACCUCCUGUCAGGUGCUGUUGAACAUCAAGUACUACUGUCCCUUCAGUUUUUAACCACAUGUUCAUUUACCUUUGCAGUUGCUUAUUUUAAAUUAUUUUUGUGUGUUUGUAUAACAGAUCAAACUAAUCUUUGUGCUUUUUGGAAACUGUAAAAUUGUAAAACAUUUUUAGAGCUUACCUGUAAAUCUGUCUUUUGGAAAACAAAGCGGUUUUGAGGAUGUUGUGUGUUGAACACCUGCUUGCAGAGAAAACUUUUGAAGCCGUUGCCGUCAGCUGCUCUUUAAUGCAUUUUUCACCCGAUCAGUUUUUGGUACUUACCCCCCCACCCCACCCUACCCCUCAUCUCCCCCCGCCCUCUUCGCCCUCCUCACUGCUUGCACGGGCAAGUUCAGACACGUCCCAAGUUUCCACUCGCUGCUGAACAGCGUGAUCGACCAGCAAGAAAGCAUGCUUUCAUUUGUCGCCAUUUAAAUCUCCUGCAGCAGAAAUCGUACCCUCUGUGGGCCCACACUUAAACUGACUGCUUCCUCGCUGCCUGGCUUCGCUCCUGUUACCUGAUCGUUCAGGUCGAGCAAAAAAAUUACUACUAAAAUUGACUUAAAAAUUAAAAGGAGUCAGAUUUGGUCAUGGUAUUCUGCUAAUAAUGUGGGAAAAGUUUGGCCUUUUUCCAACUUAAAAGCUUAAAAUGAAUUCAACAAUUAAUCCAAAUGUUAACAAAGGAAACAUUAUUUUAAGUGUCACCUGUUGCACAGGUAAGAGUCCACAGCAGGUACCUGUGUGGAAGUGAGAUGGUAAAUGGACCGGUUCUUAUAUAGUGCUUUUCUACUCUAAUGGAGCACUCAAAGCGCUUAUACAAGAACGCAGAGUUUGUGCGUGCGUACGUGUCAAAGCAAUCUUCAGAUCAUCUUUCCACUACAUCAGAAAGAGAAACACUGAGUCAGCAACUAACGGUACAUUUUCCAGCUCAUUUCCUGAUCUUCGUUUUUUUUUUUUUUUUCCCCCAACUGAAAUGAAUGGUUUCCUCCCACUUUUCUUGCCGUCUAAUCCCAAUAUACUGUACGUGCUCCGAAGCUAAAAGUUCGCCCAUCUCUAGGGCCAAAAUUUGAUGAAUUAUCGAUCAGCAGACCAGAAAUCCCGUUUUUCUUCCCCGCUCAGUGUCACAAUAACCUUGUCAUCAACCAUCUCAACAUUCCACUCUGUAGGUGUAGAAAAGUCAUAUGUCUCAAUGUUUUGUUUGAUUUUAUUUUGCUGGGGACACAUGUUUUCAUGCACUGAUGUUUCAAAGGUUGAAAAGCAGAAAAAAACCCGAUUCCUCCCUCCUGCCGCUCUUUUUCUCGUUAGCUGAACAAAAAGGCAGUUAUUCUACGCUUUAUAAGGAAAAAAUGAUCCCAUGCAGUAGUGAAUGUGGCACCGAGCCUGUCUGUAUAUCUGGUAUCUGAAAUCAUUUUGUUUUUACUGACCAGUAUUCUGCUUAAAAUUUAAAAAAAGAAAAAAAAAAAUAACCCAAAAAUAACAACAACAAAAAAAAAAAAA